CCGUAGGUACUCGUAAAAUUCGCAUUGCGCAAACGUCAAUUUUUUAAUAAAUUUGAAAAUGGCGGACGAUGCAUCAAGCAGCAGCGCUUGUACCGGCAAUUUAAUUGAUAGUUCAAUAAAUCAAGAUGAGUUAAUUAUGAAACAACAACGCGAAAUAGAGAAAGAGAUAUCGGAGUCGAUUCCUCUCGUAGGUGAUCUGGAACCUCUAUCGUCACUAGAAAAGGAAUACAACGAGGACCCAGUGUAUCUGCUAAAAGUCAAAGAUCUGGCCGCCAAAUACAAAUCCAUAAGAAGAACGCGACCGGACGGGAAUUGUUUUUUCCGUGCCUUCUCUUACGCGUAUUUGGAGCACCUUCUCACGGACAAGACAGAGUUUGAUAAGUUUUAUGAAAUAGCAAAGAACUCGAAGGAAAUCCUCGUCGCGCUAGGUUUUCCGCAGUUCACUGUUGAAGACUUUUAUGAGACUUUUAUGGAGGUAGUGCAGCGAGUGGGUGAGCAUGCGGGGGGCUCGCCUAAAGAGUUAGCCUCUAUCAGAGAGGAGCUGCAUGAUAAGUUCAACAAGCAGGGCUACUCCGACUACAUUGUGGUGUACUUGCGUCUCAUCACCUCGGGGCAGCUGCAGACGCAGCAUGACUUCUACCAGAACUUCAUUGAGGGACCACGGACAGUUACCGAGUUUUGUAGACAGGAGGUGGAGCCAAUGUACAAGGAGUCUGACCACAUCCACAUCAUCGCUCUGUGCAAUGCGCUCAACGCGGGCGUUAGGGUCAAAUACAUGGACCGUGGAGAGGGCAGUCAGGUGACGGCGCACGAGUUCCCCGAGGGCGCCGCGCCGCUCGUGCACCUGCUGUACCGGCCCGGCCACUACGACAUCCUCUACGCGUGAUCACACUACUCAAUAAACUUAACUCUCUUACUCAUACCAUA